CCCCCAAAUAAUGGAGGUGAGGAGUGGGGAGCCAUUGGAUUUUGCAGAUGAGAGAGAGAGAGAGAGAGAGUGUGUACUAGAGAGAGAAAGAAAGCCUUGUAGAAUCCCAAUGCACAGAUAGAUAGAGAAACCUCAUAGAAAUACAAGAAUACAGAUAGAGAGAGAAGAGAGAGAAGAGAGAGAGACAUGGAGAGACAGCUGAGAGUGUCUACUGUGUGGACUCUCUGAGCUCCUUGUCACAACCCCCAAUCAAUCUCAACAGAUGUGGAGAGAGAUACAAAAAACAAUUCCCCUCCUCACUAAUCCUAUGUACUAGUAAAAAACCCCAUCUUGUAUCUCUCUCCACAUGGACCACAUCUCUCCUCCCUCCCUCUCUCUCUAGAAUCUCAUGAUGCCUUGAUCCAAAACCUAGAUCCCUUGCAAUUUCCCGACCAUGAGAGAAGAUCCAUCCGGCGGCGGCAUAACGCCGUCGCCGUCAGAUCGAACAGCUAUCCUGACGGACUACAUCUCGCCGUUUCCCGACCAGAUCCUCGACAACGUCCUCGAGAACGUGCUCCACUACUUAACCUCCCGCCAGGACCGAAACUCCGCAUCCCUGGUGUGCAAAUCGUGGUACCGUGCGGAGGCCCUCACCCGAUCCGACCUCUUCAUCGGCAACUGCUACGCCGUCUCCCCCCGCCGCGCCACGGAGCGGUUCCGCCGUGUGACGGCCGUGACCCUGAAAGGCAAACCCAGGUUCGCCGACUUCAACCUUAUGCCGCCGCAGUGGGGCGCGCACUUCGCCCCCUGGGUCAACUGCAUGGGCCAGCGCUACCGUGCGCUGGAGAAGGUCUGCUUGAAGAGGAUGUCGGUCAAGGACGACGAUCUGGAGCUGCUCGCGCAUUACUUCCCCUUGUUUAAGGAGCUCGUACUGGUUUGCUGUGAUGGGUUUGGGACCAGUGGGCUCGCUGUGGUUGCCAACAAGUGCAGGAAACUUCGAGUGCUUGAUCUUAUCGAUGACGAGGUUAACGACGAUGAGGUUGAUUGGAUUUCUUUUUUCCCGGUGGGCGAAACUUGUCUUGAGUCUCUAAUCUUUGACUGCAUUGAAUACCCAAUAAAUUUCGAGGCAUUGGAGCGACUGGUGGAAAGAUCUCCUUCAUUGAAGAAACUUAGACUGAAUCGUUAUGUUAGCAUCGGGCAGCUUCACCGCUUAAUGACUCGAGCUCCACGGCUCACUCAUCUUGGUACAGGAUCAUUUAGUCCUUCAGAGAAUGUCGUUCACGGAGAUCAGGAACCAGAUUACGCCUCCGCUUUUGGUGCUUGCGGCAGAUCGCUAGUUUGUCUCUCAGGUUUUAGGGAUAUCGUUCCGGAAUAUCUCCCUGCGAUCUACUCGGUCUGUGCUAACAUCACCUCCCUAAAUUUUAGUUAUGCCAACAUCACCGCAGAACAAUUUACACCAGUCGUACGCCACUGCCACAAACUCCAGAUUUUUUGGGCGCUCGAUUCGAUACGUGAUGAAGGACUUCAGGCAGUCGCCGCCACAUGCAAGGAUCUCCGCGAGCUUAGGGUUUUUCCUGUCGAUGCUCGCGAGGAUAGUGAGGGCCCCGUUUCUGAUGUGGGUUUCCGUGCAAUUUCUGAGGGAUGUAGGAAACUGCAAUCAAUUCUAUAUUUUUGCCAGCGAAUGACGAAUGAAGCAGUGAUAGCCAUGUCAAAGAACUGUCCUGACCUUUUGGUGUUCCGUCUUUGCAUAAUGGGGCGUCGUCGCCCUGACUACAUUACAAAAGAACCCAUGGAUGAGGGUUUUGGAGCCAUAGUCAAGAAUUGUAAGAAACUCACACGACUUGCAGUAUCUGGUUUACUGACCGAUAGGGCCUUCAGCUACAUUGGACAAUAUGGGACACUGGUUAGGACCCUUUCCGUUGCUUUUGCUGGAGACAGUGACAUGGCACUGAAAUAUGUGCUCGAGGGAUGCCCUAAAUUGCAGAAGCUUGAGAUCAGAGACAGCCCAUUUGGAGAUUCGGCUUUGCGUUCCGGUUUGCAACAUUUUUACAAUAUGAGAUUUCUAUGGAUGUCUUCAUGUAGGUUAACUCGACAAGCUUGUAAGGAGAUUGCUCAACAAUUGCCCCAUCUUGUGGUGGAAGUGAUCAAUGGGAAUGUGGAGGAAGAGGUGAAAGAUGACUUUGUUGACAUUCUAUAUAUGUAUAGGUCCCUAGAGGGUCCAAGGGCUGAUGUACCAAGCUUCGUGAGCAUCCUAUAGACUUGCUCAGUGGGAAAAUCCUAUAGACUUGCUAAGUGGGUUUCUUUCAUGACCCACGAUUUGUUUCUCUCUGAAACGACACAAGAAGCUGCUUAUGUUCUUGGCUUGAGCUUAUUGGACUGCAUUCAAAAGCCGAAGCGCUCUAAAGGAACCUAUGGUUCAUCGAGACGACAUAUGGAAAUGAGCUUAAUGGGGAAGAUGAUUGUCUCUGAUGGGAUUCAACAAUCCCAUGUUGUGUUGGUACGCAUUUGAACUUUUUUUUUUUUUUUUUCCCUUAUGUUUCCCUCUGCAUUGUUAUUCAUUUUCAUACAAUGUAGUUUUCUUCUAGAGUUAGCGAGGAGGAGGAGGAGGAAAUCGUUCAGCUGCAUUUAAAGAUUGAUUAGUUAUUUGUUAUGUACUAUUACACUGGAUCAUAUUUGUUGAGGGUCCUGAAAUUCAAAAACUAUUUGUUCUGAUCCGUUAUUCUCCCUUCCAGUAAAAUUGAGUCCUCUUGUUAUCCAGUUUGGUAUUUUAGUUUUUGAAGUCUUGAAGCUGUAGCUCGUGAGAACUAAUGCAUGCCCAUAAUGCUAAAUGUUUAUUUUCUGUUUC